GACUAUUGUUUGUCUCUUCGGCCUUAAUAAACCUCGGGGAUAGUGUUCGGCAUUUAAUGCUCAUUUAUGUACAAAGACAUUACAUACAUAUCCGCUAUCGCAUAACCCGACAUUGAAUAUCGAUCGCGAUGCCGCAGAGAAAAUCCUCGGAUGCUGUAUCUUCUGCUGGAAGCACCCCAGCUCCCAAACGCCGUCGAAGGCGGCCCGCUCGGUCUUGUGAGCAAUGUCGGCGCCGCAAGAUUCGAUGCAAUCUGGGCCAACCUUGUAACGGCUGUGUUCGGGCUCGGGCACCAAUGCAAUGUUCUUACCGUGACAGGAGCCCUGUUGCAGUGAUUCGGACUUCUGAAAUCUGCACCUCGGUGCCGGCUGAACAGACUGAAAGGCAGGGAGCCGAUACAGGAAUACAGCCAAGUCGAGAAGCAGAUCACUGCAACCCAAUAAACCAACCACCACAACCUGGAAACAGUGGUAGUACUGCGUCAACUUCACAUAGCUAUCUUCUAAAAACUAUUCCAGCCCCUCAAACAUUCCCCCCAACCCAGUCAUCAACCUCAAUCCCUCCAUUUACACCCAGGCUGCGUCAUGUACCUGAAAAGACGAAGCUAUUUGGCCAAACGCAUUGGCUUCACACUGCAGAGAAGUUUCCUGUUUCGGGUAAUUUUCACCCCGUCGAGAUUGAACCAUCAUGGGAGGAUGCCAAAUCCGACUUCUACGACGCCUUGAAAGAAGCUCGCAUCCUACGUUUUGGUCUCAAGAAACAGAACUUUCCAACACUAGAUCAGCCCAUCCAGGACCUCCGUGAGACCUUACCCUCCAAGGUGGUUUGCAAUGAACUCAUUGCUUGUUAUCUCCGCACAUUCGAACCCCUGUAUCGCAUCGUCCAUAUCCCCUCCUUCCAGAGAGAGUACGACCGGUUAUGGGCAGGCGAGGAAACACAACCUGUUCCAGCUAUAUCUCUCGUCAGACUGACCUUGAUUCUUGCCAUUGGGACUACCUUUGCCAAGUUUGACGCGGAGGAAGAGAUGAACCAGUUGUGGCGACUUGCGCAGACAUGGGUUCAGAAUGCCCAGUGGUGGCUCACAGGUCCAAAUGAAAAAACCACUUACAAUCUUGAUGGUCUGCAGAUAUUCUGUCUGCUAAUCAUCGCCCGCCAAUCGACCUUUAAUUGCCGCGGAGCAACGUCAUGGCUGUCCUCAGGCUCUCUACUGCGCGCCGCCAUCACUAUGGGCCUUCACCGUGAUCCAAAGCUAUUUGCUGGGUUGACGCUCUUUCAAAGGGAGUUUCGAGCUCGACUAUGGGUCACUGUGCUGGAGUUGGCUGUCCAGUCAUGUCUAGAUCUCGGUUUGCCACUGCAGCUUUCAGAACAAGACUUUGAUGCUUCCAUCCCAUCCAACUACGAUGACUCGGAUUUAGAGUUAGCUUCUCCAGGGGCAUCAAAACCGAUGGACAAAUUUACAGACUCGUACCUGCAAAUAAUGUUGGCAAAAUCUCUGCCUUUGAGAGUUGAAGUCAUAGGCCUACUGAACGACUUUCGACAAGAGAAAACAUAUGAAAAAGCACUAGCUUUGGGAUCACAGCUGCGCACCGCGUGCCGAGAUGUCGCCGCCUUCUUCCAUUCAACGCAACAUAAUCCGGUGAGCAUGCGAAAGGGAUCAAGCAUCGAGGCGAAUGAGUUCCAUCGCAAGCUUCUCGACAUACAUCUUCGCCGGUUCGUUAUGUUUCUUCACCGCGACUUCAUGCUCCAAGCAAGGACCGAUCCACGGUUUUACCUUUCUCGUAAGGUAUGUGUUGAGUCUGCCCUGGCCAUCGCUUCUGGGAGUAAAGGCGCCGAUUUUAGCUUGCCGAUGCAGGUAUGGGAUGACUUCUCUCGCUUGUCUUUCGUUGGACGUGGUCUUUUCAAGUGUGCAUUGAGUUUUGAUGCCAUGCUCAUCUUGGCCCUCGAGAUCAUCACUGAACUUCAAGAUGAGUCGGCGCCAACACACGAACCUGAUAUUCUCGGAGAGAUGGCAAAAGCUACCCGUGCUCCCAUGAUCAACACCCUCGAAGAGAUAUAUGUGCAACUUCGCUGCAUGAUCGUACGGGGCAACCUCAGCCUCAAGAGACUCCUUUUCUCAAAUGCUCACUUGGCACAUAUUCGAGCAUUGGAAGCCGGCCGGCCUGUGAAGCCGGCGGUACAUGAGACUGUGACAUCGACACUCCGCGAUUGUGUGGCAAUGCUCAAAGACAUUCAAGCAGUUACAACACCCCAUGAAUCAGUGAUAACUUCGGAUAGCCUGAGUAGCGACUUUCUCGGUACGGAUAUUUUCUCAAAUAGCAAUCUUAUUGAGUGGGACAUAUCUGACCUUCUCGGAUUCCCAACUGGCAGUAACGAGGGCCAAUCUCAGUGGCCAGUUAUGUACUAAUAUCAAAAUCGACACAUCGCAAACUAAACUCGUGUAAGUUGCCAGGGAACAACACUUAUGAGAUGAAAUUUUCGUUACUCGUCAUAAUGCCCAUCAUCAUAAGUGCCCUGCAUUGCCUGCGUGCUCACCCAUUCUUCACUUGCUAAGCCCCUCAUAAAUCUCAUCUCAAGUUCUUGGGGGUCCUUGUGCCAAUCACAAGCAAAGUCGCAGUCUGGCGUGCUGGAUUCUCCGAAGUAUUUGCAUAUGGCAGCAUGUCGACACCUAUCAGUGUCUUCGCAGUAUUGAGCCAGCGCCUGCAAGCUCUUGAGUCUGGCGAUCUGAUUUGUCUCAGCUUUGGAAUCGGAUCGGAUCAAUCUCGUGACGCGCUCCAGGUCUUCUCGGCUAUAGUAAAGAAAGCAAUAGCUUGCAUUGCCAUCUCGACCAGCACGACCAGCUUCUUGGUAGUAACCUUCAAAAGACUUGGGAAUACGCCAAUGGACAACAAAUCGUACAUUGUUCUUGUCAAUACCCAUGCCGAAGGCGGUCGUGGCAACAAUGAUAUCGUACCCAGGCUCGUUAUUGAUCCACCGGGCGAGUGUUUCUUCUUUGACUUCCUUGGUGAGCUUGGCAUGAAAGGGCAUGGCGCCAAUGCCUUCUGAACGAAGGGAGGCUGCCAGGGUCUCGCAUUCAUCCCGAGAUAUAGUGUAUAUAAUCCCAGGAACACUUUCGACUCUUUCAUUCACCUGUUCGAGUUCUGCCUUUCUCUCACCAUCCUUACGACGGUCGUAAACAGCGUUUAUCCACCUUAGAAAAUCCUGUAGGCGGUUAUCUUCUUCGUCCUUGGUGUACCGAAUUUCAAGAUGCAAGUUUUGACGCUGAGGGUUCAUCAAAAACUCUCUCGUUCUUUCUGGAGUUUGAUCGAGUUUCAAAAUAGAUAGUACGUCUUGGCGAACCUGUGGGUUUGCCGUAGCUGUAAGACACAUUAUUGGUACAUCUGGGAAAGUGUCUCGAAACCAAGAGAGACGUUUGAAAUCUUUUCGAAAGUCAUGACCCCA